AAGACAAACACCUAGACCGCUGUCCCGCUCCAUUCCACUUGCUGGACGAUUCUGUGGUGGAAAACUUCAAUGGUGCAGCAGUGGUGGUGAUUUCAUGAUUCGGGCCGGCGCAUGACGUAGCAGAUCCCUAGACCGGCGCAUAUCGUCAUCGUUCGUGUUGCCCGAUCAUCCCGCACUGGAGAUGAUUAUUCUUAUAAUUAUCACUCCGUCUAAUUAAUGGUCUCUCGUCCCGAUUUAUUAAUUUCCCGGUGCCGGAUCUACUGAUUCAGAUCGAUAAUCUACAAUCUGCACAACCCACCAAGCGCGCUUCACCCCGUCAACUCUCGAUCACCACCACCCAUCACUCAAUACAUACAAAUCACACCACCAAGAUGGUUGCCAAAGCUAUCCAGCUCGGUCUACGGAUCUGGGAGUUCCUCUGGACUCUGCUCGUCAUGGCCCUGAUCGGUAACAUGAUCGCUGAAGCAUUCGCCGGGAAUCCAUCGACCAUCAACUACACCAUGUUUGUUGCAGCUUUCUCGAUGUUUACACUUUUCUAUCUAUUCCCAGCGACAAUCAAUAUUGACUGGGCCAUCCACCCAAUCUUCUUGAUCGCUAUCGACACGCUCAAUGCGAUCCUGUUCCUUACAGCCGCCAUUGCUCUGGCUGCGAAGUUGGAAUGUCACAGCUGCAGCAACGAUUCCUACACGCUCAACAACGAAAUCACCAAUGGUGCCCAUAACCGCACGAAGCGUUGCCGCGAGGCUCAGGCCUCGACGGCAUUCCUGUGGUUCGCCUGGGCUGGCUACACGGCCUCGAUGAUUCUGUCGAUCAUCAUGUCCCGCCAGACAAGUGUCAACCUUCGUGGACGCACCGGUCCUGCUCGCGGUGUUACUCGCCCCAGCAUGGCUCAAGUCUAAACACUGGUCCAUAUCCGCUUCUCCGCCUGGGCUGAGAUUACGUUUUUUGGAGUGAAUGUCACUCACUCCCAGGGAUGGAAAGAAACGAAUAAUGAAGCGCUACUGGACCAAAUAUGCAACGAGAUGCAAGUGGACACAGCGCGCUGAUUUCUGACUGAUGAAACCAACCUAACGAUUCUCAUCACGUUCACUACUAAUCUUAAAGAAAAAAAAAGGUCCUGGC